UCGCACGCUGUGAUGGACCACAAAAUAACGCUUGUCCACGCUGGAGCUAAGUCUUCCUCAAUGUCCACUGAACGUCCCGAGGUUCAUUCAUCACAGCUUUACUGGACUAAAACAGUAUUCGUUACAUAUUCCUGUACGGAUAAAUAUUUGAUUCACGUUAAAGCUUGUCGACCUAGUUUAGUUGACUUUAGCAAGAGCUUGCUAGCGGCUACCAAAGAGACGCCAAGUUAUAAAGGAAUUUCUCAGCAGAGUGACCGUAAAGUUGUCGAGAUUUUCGUGCCACGAUGUGUGCAAAAAGUGUGAAAGAAGAAGCGUUCGAGGAGGAAAUUUCACGGACAAAAGAGAACGAGCGACAGCGAGUGAACGCUGUUUUCAAGCACACUCAUGAUGAGUUAAUCCGCGUAGCAGACCUCAGAGAAAGUCUUCGUCCUAAGCAGCAGGAGCUGAAGUUCAUCAAAGACGAAGAUGAGCCCCGUUUACCUGACGCGGAAAAAGGAGGCGACCCAGAUUGGCCGCACGUUAAAGACGAAGAGCGGGAGGAUGACGCGGAGUUCCCGUUGACUGUCGUCGUCGAGAAAAGCGAAGAAGCUGAAGCGCAUUUGCACGGCCUUUUAGCUCCACUCUCGGAUAGCGACGACGUAACCUCGCGCACUUCUAAUGAUGAUGAACUCUCCAAAGGUGACAAAAAAAGCAUCAAAUGUUCUUACUGUGAAAAGACGUUUUUCAGAAAGUCGCUAUUGAAGACGCACACAAGAACGCACACGGGAGAAAAGCCCUUUGCCUGCUCGGUGUGCGGGAAAAGGUUCUCUUUAAAGACUAAUUUAACCACGCACACGAGAACGCACACGGGGGAAAAGCCGUUUAUUUGCUCCGUUUGCGGGAAAAUGUUCACGACAAAGGGGAGCUCGGAACGACACGCAAAAACGCACACCGGGGAAAAACCUUUCGCCUGCUCGGUUUGCGACAAAAGGUACUCCAGGAGGGGGCAUUUGAAAGAGCACACGAAAACGCACACCGGGGACAAACCUUUCGCCUGCUCGGCGUGCGGGAAGCGAUUCGUGCAAAGUUGCGAUUUGAAAAUCCACACCAGGACGCACACGGGCGAAAAACCUUUCGCCUGCUCGGUUUGCGGGAAAAGGUUUGCGAAGAAGACGAAUUUAACGGCGCACACCAGGACGCACGCCGGUGAGAAGCCGUUCGGUUAGUGUGCGGUCAAUGAAGGUCCAGAAUAAAGUGGAGAAACUCA